UUCCCCAGAUGCAGGCCUAGGGUAGUCUCCUUUCUGGACUGAGAAGAGAAGAAUGGAGAAGAGCCCCUUCCCAUUAGUGCCUUUGCAUUGGUUUGGCUUUGGCUACACAGCAGUGGUUGUUUCUGGUGGGAUCGUUGGCUAUGUAAAAACAGCUGCUACAUCUGUUACUUUUGUUGGUGUUUUGGGAUUGAGAUCCUACUACUAUGGAAAAGUCAUGCCUGUAGGUUUAAUUGCAGGUGCCAGAUGUAUAGCUCUUGUUGCCCAAGCUGGAGUGCAAUGAUGCGAUGUCAGUUCAUUGCAACCUCCACCUACCGGGUUCAAGUGAUUCUCCUGCCUCAUCCUCCUGAGUAGCUGGGAUUACAGGUGUGCACCACCAUACCCGGCUUUUUUGUAUUUUUAGUAGAGAUGGGGUUUCACCAUGUUGGCCAGGCUGGUCUUGAACUCCUGACCUCAGGUUAUCCACCCGCCUUGCCUCCCAAAGUGCUGGAAUUACAGGCGUGAGCCACUGCUCCGGGCCAAGAUCUAAUUCUUUAUAAUGGCUUUUAAGUUGUACGGAUGUUUACUAUUUAGUUUACCAUUCCCCUACUGAUAGAAAUAUGUCUUGUUUAAUGUCUUUGAUAGCCUGGAGCAGUGGCUCACGCCUGUAAUCCCAACACUUUGGGAGGCCGAGGUGGGCAGAUCCCCUGAGGCCUUUGAUAUUACAAAGGAUGGUGUACCAAGAAAUACCCUCAUGGAAAUCCCCAUGAACAUGUGCAAAGGAAUCUGUAGGUUACAUUCCUCAAUGCAGAGUCAGAGCAUCUCAGCAUUUAAAACUGUGAUUGCCCUCAGAAGAAAAUGCACCAAUUUACCCUCCCACUAGCGGUGGCUAACUGUGGAAGUGAACUUUUUAAAAAUCUUUUGACACGUUAAGCUGAAAGUCUGCAAACUUAUUGUGUAAAGGACCAGAUAGUGAGUAUUUUAGGCUUCGCAGGCCAUCUGUGUCCCAGCUGCUCACCUCUGCCUUUGUAGAAUGAAAGCAGCCAUAGCCAAUCGGUAAAUGAGUGUAACUGUUCCAAUAAAACUGUACGUAUGGGCCCUGAAA